AUGGAUAUCCAGGUGGCUGUGUGGUUCUUCUACUGCUUUCUGCUCCCUGCGGUCCUACUAACAGCCUGCCUGUUUCGCUACAAUGUCCUGUCGCUGGUCUACUUCCUGUACCUGCUGCUGCUGCCAUGGUUCCUCUGCCCAAACAAGCACACUAUCAAAGGCCACACUGGACGUUUUAUCUUGGCUGUUUUCUGCACGUCGCUCCUGUUUGUGCUGGGUCACAUCUGCUUCCAAACUGUGCUGUUCACCUUCCCGCCUCUGGACACAGCACUCGGGGACAAUUGCUCUCAAUGGGAAGCGAUCAGCCGGCAGAUUGGCGUGUCAAGGCUGCCGCUGCAGGAGCCCUGGACCGUGGCCCGGCUCCUCUGUCCUGACCUGGCCGUGUGUCUGGUCUCCUUGGUAACAAGCGUUCUGUGUCAUCGGUUGGUGAAGAACAGGCGGACGGUGGCGGCCGCGAACAUCACGUCUCUGGAUCCUCUGACUGACACUCACUCCGACGUGGAUGACAGUGAAGCGGAGGAGGCUGAGGAGGGGCUGUCGGAGGAUGAAGAUCAUCAGGAUCGCUCUGUUGCUGAUGACCCGGACGAGGAAGUGUCCGCUGGAACCCGAGCUAAGCAGCUGGCGGAGCGUCUCAAAUCAACAGCCUGCAGAGUGCUCCGUGACCUGGGUCGCAUCCUGGCUAUCAGCCUGCUGGCUCUGGCUGGUAUCACUCUGCCCUCAGCCUUCUCAGCCAUCUACUUCCUCCUCUUCAUCGGGGUGUGCACAUGGUGGGCUUGCCAUCUUCCCAUCAGCCACUUGGGCUUCAAUGCGCUGUGCGUGAUGGUGGGCUUCUUCACGGCGGGUCACAUGGUGUGUCUCUACGUUUACCAGAGUUCCUUGUCCCAGGCCGUGUUCCCUCCCAGCAGCCUGUGGGCCCGACUGUUUGGCUUGAAGGACAUCAUUAUACCUGGAAACUGCUCCUCUCCGUUUGAGCUCCGCCUAAAUUCAGAACAUGACUGGCCUGUGUAUGCCAACCCUGGGGUCCUCUUCCUCCUCUACGUCACCAUUACCACCGUUCUUAAGACGGGCUACAUCAGAGCGUCUAAGGAGGAAGAGCAAAAACCGGGGCCGCAGGCGGAUUCUCCAGAGAAUGAAGAGAUGACAGAGUUCAGAACGUGGACAGGAAGCAGUGAUGGCUGUCGAGAUGACACUCAGCUCAUGCUGUUGUCCAUGGGAAACGAAGGGCCCAAAGACGUAGCACUGGCCUCAGAGGAGAACACAGAACUUGGUGCAGAAGCUGCCCCUAGUGGUGGAAAAAGUGAGAGUCCAUUGUUUAUGCUUGGAAGGGUGGUGAUGCAGCAGAGCUAUGUUUGUGCUCUGAUCGCUAUGAUGGUGUGGAGCAUUACGUACCACAGCUGGCUCACCUUUGUGCUGCUGCUCUGGGCUUGUCUCAUCUGGAUCCUGCGAGCCAGGCGCCAUGCGGCCACCCUGUGCUCCCCAUUCAUCCUGCUCUAUGGAUUGGCCCUGUGCUGUCUACAGUAUGUCUGGGCCAUGGAGCUCCAGCCCGAGCUUCCAUCCACUGUGGGGAACAUGAGUCUACGGCAGCUGGGUCUGGAGCAGGCGCAGUUCCCCUGUCUAAGGCUCGGAGCUCUGCUUCUUUUCACCCUGACCUUCUGGCUGCUGUUGCGGCAGUCAGUGAAGGAAAACUUUAGCCGGAAAAGGAGCAUGAUGGCCUCACUACAGGAAGUCACUACAGGAGAACAAGGUCCUGGCAAUGAGUCUGUGCUUAAAGUCCUGGGGGGUAUGGUCAUGUGCUGUUAUGCCAAAUACUGGAUCUAUGUGUGUGGAGGGAUGUUCAUCAUGGUGUCCUUUGCUGGAAAACUGGUGGGCUACAAGAUAGUCUACAUGCUGCUGUUCCUGCUCUGCCUCUGUCUUUACCAGGUUUACUACUCUCUGUGGCGGCGACUGCUGAAGAUUUUCUGGUGGCUUGUGGUCGCAUACACCAUGCUGGUGCUGAUUGCUAUCUACACAUUUCAGUUUGAGGACUUUCCCGGUUACUGGAUGAACUUCACUGGUUUCACAGAGGAACAGCUGGCAGCAGUGGGACUGGAGACCUUUGCCCUUUCAGAACUCUUCAGCAGUAUCCUCAUCCCAGGCUUCUUCCUUUUGGCCUGUAUUCUGCAGCUACACUAUUUCCACACCCCCUUCAUGAAGAUCACUGACCUGGAGAACGUCACUCCUAAACGCAGAAAGAAAAGUGAGACGACUGGGGCGUGUUGCACAGAUGAAGCAGCAGGAGUCUUUGAGGAGGAUGACGAGAAUCUGGAAAUUGAGUCUGAAGUGGCUCUGACGCCCAGUAAAUGGGGCCUGGUCAUGGACAGACUGCUGGUGCUCUCCAGGAAGUUCUCUGAUAUCCUCACUAAAAUCCAGGGGUUUCUGUGGCGGCUGUUGGAGCUACACAUCAUCAAAAUGGUGGCUUUCUUCUCUGUCUGGGUGUCUCUGGAAGAGCCGUCUGUGAUGAACCUGGUGCUCGUGGUGCUCUGGUCUCUCGCUCUCCCCUACAGCCGCUUCAGACACAUGGCCUCCUGUCUCUCCACUGUCUGGGUGUGUGUCAUUAUCAUGUGCAAGAUGCUGUACCAGCUCAGUGUGGUCAACCCAGCUGAGUAUUCCAGCAACUGUACCAAGCCCUUGACCAAUGAGACCAACCUUUUAGAAGCGGAAAUGUGGAAUUCCACUCUGUACAAGCCUGUAGACCCUGCGAGAUGGUUUGGGAUCAGAAAAGAGGCGACGGUUUUGGGCUAUAGCAAGAAUCACCUGAUUGUCUUGAUGCUGCUAGUUUUUGAGGCCACAAUCUACCGCCACCAGAUCCACCACUACAAGCAGCUGCAGAAGUCUCCUCCCACCAUCCCGGCUCUGUUCCCCACAGCCACACGCGACACGCUGGACCAGGGCCUAGUCCCCUGCAUCAAAUAUCUGCUGAACUAUACCUUCUAUAAGUUUGGACUGGAGAUCUGCUUUCUGAUGACAGUCAAUGUGAUUGGCCAACGGAUGAACUUUCUGGUGAUCAUUCAUGGCUGCUGGUUGGUAGCCAUCUUAGUGAGACGUCGACGAGCAGCCAUUGCUCAGUUAUGGCCGCGUUACUGUCUCUUCCUGUCCGUCUUCAUGAUAUACCAGUACUUAUUGUGUGUGGGAAUGCCCCCUGCUUUAUGCCUGGAUUACCCCUGGAGAUGGAAUACUCCGGUGCUCAUGAACUCUGCUCUGAUCAAAUGGAUGUACCUCCCGGACUUCUACACUGUACCCAACUCAAAGAACCUCAUAGCUGACUUUGUGCUGCUCAUGUGUGCGUCGCAGCAAUGGAAGGUGUUUGAGGAUGAGCAUGUGGAGGAGUGGAUGGUCUUGGCUGGGGAGAACACUGAUGAUGCUAACCCCAUGGAAGGGCGCCUGUUCAACCCAGCACCAAACUUUAUCAACUGCAGGAGUUAUCUGGACAUGGCCAAAGUGCUGGUGUUCCGCUACUUCUAUUGGUUUGUUCUGGCUGUGGUGUUUGUCACUGGAGCCACUCGGAUAUCAGCUUUUGGACUGGGUUACCUUCUGGCCUGUUUCUUUUUCCUUCUCUUUGGAACAAAGCUGCUGCUGAAGCAGUCGCGGACUCGUCUCACUUUGUGGGACUGCCUCAUCAUUUAUAAUGUUGCAGUCAUUAUAUCCAAAAACAUGCUUUCUAUUCUGGCCUGUGUGUUUGUCUUUGAGAUGCAGAAAUCCUUCUGUUGGGUUAUCCAGCUCUUCAGCCUCGUCUGCACAGUUAAAGGCUACUAUGACCCUAGUGCAGUUGAGGAUCGGAGCUGCACCCUGCCUGUGGAGGAGGCUGGGAUCAUCUGGGAUGGGAUCUGUUUUCUGUGCCUUCUGCUGCAGCGGAGAGUCUUCCUCAGCUUCUACUUCCUCCAUGUAACCACGGAGCUCCAGGCCUCAGCCCGACAAGCAUCAAGAGGAUUUGAGCUGUUUAAGGCCAGCAUCAUUAAGAACAUUAAACACCACCAGCAACUGGAGCAGAAGUCUUUGUCUCAGCUCAAGAGAUCGAUGCAGCGUAUUCGAUCCAAGCAGCAAAAGUACAGAGAUGGACACAAAACACACAAGCAACCAGACAACAUUGAAGAAAUCCAAAAGGAGGAAAAUAUAUCCAGUAAGAAGAACUGGUACCAGCCAUGGUUGGACCACGCCAAAGUGCUCCACUCCGGGGACUACUACCUCUUUGAAUCAGACAGUGAGGAUGAAGAGGAGCAACAGGCCGAUGAGCAGAAGCCCAAAAAGCAAACAGCCUGCCAGUUGGCGUACCAAGCCUGGGUGAGCAGUGUGAAGGAAGCUCUGAGAGAUCGACAGAGGAGACAGAGGCAGAUGAGGCAAAUGGAGAAGGCAGCAGUGCAACAGCCACACACUGACACUGGGGGUGCAGACAAUGAUGUGUUUGAGGAGCCUGCUGAGCGGGACGGCAGCGAGGAGCCGGAGGAGAAAGACUCUGGACAUGGAGAGAUGGUUCAGAGAAUCCUGGACCUUCUUCGCUUUCUUUGGGCCAUAGUCCUAGCCAUGGUGGAUGGCCUGACACAGUGGCUCAACCUUCUGACCAAACAGUACAGAGAAACAUCCACAGUACUGGGCAACGAGCGCUACUACAUGAUCCACAAGAUAAAACAGCAGCAGAACGGAGCCUCCACAGAUGACCUUCACUCCCAGGGCAGUGGCAGUCACACUCUGGAGACUUGUCUGGACGACACUGAGGCUGACAAUUCCAGAUACAGUUGCCUGGAUGUAGUGGACGUGGACAGUCAGGGGGUCCCAGGCCAGUCGACCCCCAGGCCCCUGCUGGCGAGCGCUACCAAUCUACUGAAUCCAGAGCUUCAAGACAACAGCCUGGAGCUGCUCCCAGAUCUACCCAAACAGCAGCGACACUCCAGGACAGCGAGUGAGCUGCUGGGAGAAAGACAGUUUUAUGUGGAGGAGCUGGAACAGAGCCGGGACUUCUACAACAGUCAGAACCGUCUGCUGAAGCUUCUGUUCGCACUCUACAACCUGCUGGCUGCAAACUCUGAGCUGGUGUGCUACCUCAUCAUUGUCCUGAACAAUGUGGUGAGUGCGUCGGUCAUCUCCUUGGUGCUGCCCAUCCUGGUGUUCCUGUGGGCCAUGCUCUCCGUGCCCAGACCCACCAAACGCUUCUGGAUGACCGCCAUUGUCUAUACCGAGGUGAUGGUGGUGGUCAAGUACCUGUUUCAGUUUGGGUUUUUCCCCUGGAACAGUGUGUAUGAGAUGACCCUGAACGAGGACAAGCCGUUCUUCACACCUCGCAUCCUAGGCCUGGAGAAGUCCGACAACUACAUCAAAUACGACCUGCUGCAGCUGCUGGUCCUGUUCUUCCACAGAUCUCUGCUCAUGCGUUAUGGUUUGUGGGACCACGAGGGGCCCAUCAAAGAGAAGCCCUCCCCUCAGAGCAGCACUGAUGAUGGCAAAAUUGCAGAUGUGUGUGAAGAUGCCACAAAGCAGGAGACUCAAGAGGAGCUGAUCAUCACAGAGCAGGACCCAGUGGAGUAUCCAGAGUCCAGGAGUGACACACCAGCCCCCGCAUCGCCUCCUGUUGUGAAUUCAGAUACUACAGCAUCUGUGGAUGAGCAGGAAUCCACAAGCUUUGACUCCACAAAUCUCCAGGAUAGAACACAGAGCACCAACCCGGGACCAAAGAAGAGCAUCAUGCGCUUUCGCAAAAAGAAAGCAAAAAAAGAUCAGAAGACAGGUCCAGCUGCGGCCUCCGAGGGGGAAACACCAGAACCUGAAGAUCCAGAGAGAGAGAAUAAAAAUCCAGAGAAGAAGAAGAAGAAGAAAAGUAAAAGAAGAGAAGCUGCCCAACAGCGGCUGGUGGCGGUGGGACAGAAGCUCAAAGAUGUGUAUUUAUCGAGUGUACAGGCCGUGUACCAGCCCACACAAAGCUUCUUCAAUGACAUAGUGCACGCAGAGUAUCGAGCUGCUACUGACGUCUACGCCCUCAUGUUCCUCACUGAUGUUAUCGACUUCAUCAUCAUUGUCUUUGGCUUCUGGGCCUUUGGGAAACACAGUGCGGCUGCGGACAUCGCCUCCUCUCUGUCGGAGGACCAAGUCCCUGAGGCCUUCCUGGUGAUGCUGCUCAUUCAGUUUAGCACCAUGAUUAUUGAUCGGGCGCUGUACCUGCGCAAAGCUGUUCUGGGAAAACUCAUCUUCCAGGUCAUCCUGGUGUUUGGGAUCCACAUCUGGAUGUUCUUCAUUCUGCCUGCAGUCACAGAGAGGAAGUUCAAUCAGAACUUUGUGGCCCAGCUCUGGUAUUUUGUCAAGUGUGUGUACUUUGGCUUGUCAGCCUACCAGAUCCGCUGUGGCUAUCCAACACGUAUCCUGGGCAACUUCCUGACCAAGAAGUACAACCACCUCAACCUGUUCCUCUUCCAGGGAUUUCGACUGGUGCCGUUCCUGGUGGAGCUGCGGGCUGUGAUGGACUGGGUUUGGACUGACACAACUUUGUCGCUGUCCAACUGGAUGUGUGUGGAAGACAUCUACGCCAAUAUCUUCAUCAUCAAGUGUAGCCGUGAGACUGAAAAAAAAUAUCCCCAGCCAAAAGGACAAAAGAAGAAGAAAAUUGUCAAAUAUGGGAUGGGCGGUCUCAUCAUCUUUUUCCUAAUUUGUAUAAUUUGGUUCCCAUUGCUCUUUAUCUCAUUGGUCAGAUCCGUAGUGGGUGUGGUCAACCAUCCCAUUGAUGUCACUGUAACAGUUAAGCUUGGAGGCUAUGAGCCUCUGUUCACCAUGAGUGUUCAGCAGCAGUCUAUAAAGCCUUACUCUGAGGCUGAUUAUAAUCUCCUCACAAGGACAUUUGGCGAUAAUGCGGUGGCGAUGCAGUUCAUCACCCUGUAUAAUUCCGAGGACAUAGUGACAGCCAUGAUUGAGGGCAGCUCUGGCUCCGUGUGGAGGAUCAGCCCCCCCAGUCGACAGGAGCUCAUCAAGGAGCUGCUGGAGAGUCAAGUGGACCUGACGCUGAGGCUGGCCUGGACCUUCCAGAGAGAUUUGGGAAAAGGUGGGACUGUGGAGCACACCUUUGACAAACACUCAAUCGAUUUGGAGCCAGGGAGUCUGGUCCGGUCGGACUUGGCCUCUCUGCUCGUGGGCAACCGCACCAAACCAGUACUCGUGCCGCACAUGUUUCCAAACUACAUCCGAGCCCCAAAUGGAGCAGAAGCCAAACCUGUCAGUCAACUGUUUGAAGAAGGUGAAAAGGGCUACAUGAACAUCACCCUGUCGCUCAUGAGUGAUAAGUCCCUGAAGGCCAGUGGGACUCAGGAGUGGUGGGACAUUGCCAUCGCAGACUGUCCGCCCCCCUCCUGUGGAGUUCUGCCCAUGGUGGUCUUUAACGACAAAGUCAGCCCCCCCAGCCUGGGCUUCCUGGCUGGAUAUGGGAUUAUGGGCCUCUAUGUGUCCGUGGUGUUAGUGAUCGGAAAGUUUGUACGUGGAUUCUUCAGUGAGAUUUCUCACUCGAUCAUGUUUGAGGAGCUUCCGUGUGUGGACCGCAUCCUGAAGUUAUGCACAGACAUAUUUCUGGUGCGGGAGACGGGAGAGUUGGAGCUCGAGGAGGAACUGUACUCUAAAAUCAUCUUCCUUUAUCGCUCUCCAGAGACUAUGAUCAAAUGGACCCGGGACACUCUGAGUUCUAACCCAGAGAGGCGCUGA